UAGAGGCCGGCGCGGCUGGUAGUGGUACAGUGGUAGUGGUCAGAAGUCACGAGUGCGGUGUCAUCAUCAACGUAGUUGACUGCUGUUUAACUAAACUGAACUAACUACUAGAACAAUCGAAAGCGUGAAUGCAGUAAGCGCGUCGAAGUGCUGUGGCGUCUCAUGUGUGCAAUCUUGAAUUAAUUCGAUCAGGAAAUUCGUGUAUCAUGUCAUGGCAUUUAUCAGUAAACUGCUAGCGUCGCGCAAUUCGAAAAGCACAGGCGCGUCCAACAGUUACAAAAAGUGUCCGAAUUCUAAUUUUGUGUGUCAUGAAUUGUUUACGUUUGCUGUAGAGCAAGUGCAAGUGGCAGUGUUUCGUGAGUGCGAUUUUCGUGGGCGCAAGUUAUUGUUCGACUCAAAAUCCGUGGAACGAGUGAGUUCUGAUACGAAAAACAAUGUUAAAAAUGAACGCAAAUCUAGUUGUGAGCAGUCAAGUGAAUUUGUUGAGAUUACAAAUGGGUUUGGAUAUUCACUUAAGAAACCAAACGGCGAUAUUAGCCACCUGGCCGAAAUGAUAUUUGGCUCAGUAGCAAUGAGCUAUCGUGGAAAUUUAUACAAGAUUCACAACUUAGAGUUACCACCGCGAUUAGUAUUUUCUCAGGUCUUUCCCAGCCCUCGAAUGAAAUGUUGCACCCGCCAAACAUCAAUUGCCUCUAAAAGCGUUGAUUAUCCACUACAAUUGGAUGACUCUCUUGGCAGCGGAAGCUCACGCACUUCCUACAGUGAUCAAUCCAACAGCGAUCUUCAAAGCUCAAUCAGCGAUGUAUUAUCAAUAUGUCGACGGCGGCAACAUAGUGUGCCGCUUGAUAUGCCUCUCAAUUCUAGUCUAAUCUCGUCUUCUGGCUAUGGAGGCGAACUCUCCACCAGUUCAUUGAGCAGUGGACCUCCCUCGAUAGCAGUUGAUGAUUGCUGUCGAUUGUCUCAUUUAUUUUUGGAUAAUUCCACGCAUCGCUCUCUACCAACAUCAAUAUGUUUGGAUAAUGAUAUUCGCGGAUUGCGACAUCGACGUGCCAGUAAAUUAGGAUUAGCAAUCAUAUUACAAAUUACUAGAGAUCAGGAAAAGCGUCUGGUCGAUUUUUUAAUGCAUCAUAUUGCGUGUAUUGAAACAAUUCUGAAGCGAGUGCGUCAAGAAGUAGAAAUAGCUUAUAUUCAUCAUCACACAUUCGUGUCGGAAAUGUUUGAAUUGUCAUUGAGAGCGGCGCAGUGCUUUGUGAAUCUACUAACAAUUGUAGGAAGUAGUGUGAAUAUGUGGCAACAAUUAUGCAACUGUGAUAUUCCAAUCAGUAUUAAAUGUGAUAUGAAGCAUUUAUUUGGAGAAAAUUAUAUUUAUAUAAAUUAUAAUGAAUCGCGUAGUCUGCGGACGCUGACACGGAGGUUUUUUAAAGCAGAUAAAUGUGAUGUUGGUAUUAGUUGGAAAAGUGAACAAGUAGAUCAAUUUGUACGUGAUUUGUGCGACUUGGUGGAACAUUUUGAUGUCAAACACACUAAUUUUUUUCUCAGCACGUUGAUGACUGGAGUUUUAACUCAUCAUCUUGGUUGGGUCGCUACAAUGCUUCCAAAUAAUGAAAUCAAAUGUAAACAAUCGUCGAAUUUGUUUGUACGGCAACUUUGUGAUAUAUAUGGUGCUGUUGGCUGUCCAAGCAAAAUUGCUCAUACUAUAAUAACUGGAAAGAGUGAAGAAGAACUUAUCAAUAAGUUUAUCAAUGUGCUGACGUACUUCAUUCGAUUUAGUGAUAUUCAAAGAAUUCAUUUCGAUCGUGAAGAUGUAAACGUUGAUCACGCGCAAGCUGAUAAAAUGUGCGACGAUAUUUUAUGUUCUUCUUCCAAUGGGAACAUGGAUAGUUACAUUCCAAAUCAAUUAGAGAAGCACACGUUAACGAACAUUCGAGACAGGAACAGUUGUCACAGUCUAGUCACGAAUAAUAAAAGCACUAAUAAUAAUAAUAAUAAUAAUGAAUCAUUCCAAUUACAAGAUGCUUCUGCUGUGGAAACAUCACACGGGGUGUGUGGCUUGAAGAAAAACCGUACUUGCCUUAUGGAUUUGAGUAAAUUAGAAGAAACAAAGGAAACAGAAUCGUCCACAUUUAUGCCUUUGAAUGAUAGUAGCGCGAAAGAAGUAUCAAAAGUUUUAUUUGUUUUGGGCGCUGAUGAACGGCUAGAGAUGCUUAAUUCAAGUAUGCGCAGUAAAGAUACUUUUGAAGAUGCAGAUUUUGAGAAGUGUAAUAGUAAUGAUAUAAAACCAAGUGCGUCCUGUGCUAAUCUAGUGUAUGAAGGUGUUAAACCGAAACGUGCGCAAAGCGAAGAACCGGCACGGCAAGCUACAUCAACGGAGAAAAAAUCGAAAACGGCGAAAUAUAGAUACUCGGGUGUAAAGUUCAAUUUUCAACAACAUCCACAAAUUUUUGAAAAUUACAUGAAAAGUAAAAACAUUGAACUAAAUGAUAUGCAUUUGCAACAUAAGAAAGACUUUAUGGAUGGUGAUGAUGAAGUUUCCAACAUUGAUUUUUCAAAAUAUGGCGAUUCAGAAGAUGUUGAAGAUGACGAACCUUUACAAACACCAUCAAAUGCAUCCGAACUUGAAUAUACCAGCGAUUUAGUUUUGCCAACGUCAAAUAUGUGCGCUAGUGCAAAGGAAGUUAUUGAAAUUGAAAAGAACUCUAACGAAUUUGUUAGGCGCACGGUUCCCAACACUUUCGUUAUCCCAGAAACACAGGUUACGCCAUUAAAAACCAUUGAAUUACCAAUGCCAAGUUAUACUAGCAAGUCGCCUACACAGAACUCUUUUGUCUUCACUACGACUAUGAUUCGAUCAUCAAGUCAUACAUAUUCGCCAAAUGUGGCAUUACAAGGCUUUAUUGACCCGUCUAAAGAUUGGCAGACGAUUCUUAAAAGGGACCUUAUUCUAUCAGCGAAACAUCCAAUUACUGGGGAUGCAGUGGAUGAAUCUGUAGCAGUAGUGGGUAACAUUGAUUCAUGGGCGGUCAGCGUUAUGUCCAGUCAUACUUAUGUAAUUGAUAAAGCGGUUGGCGGUGUUCCAAUAGGUAUGUCUCAGAUGGUAGCUAACAUGUUGGAAACUUUAUUGAAAAUGUGGAAAUUGCACACGCCACCUGAAUAUGUAUUGUUUGAUGCAUAUAGAACAGAAACUACAUGAGUUAUGUGUUCAGUCAAAAGCAUUGGCUCAAAUGUUGCUAGACACAGAGUAUUGCACCAUUGACUUGUUAACGUCCGCUCUGAAAUUGGAAGUUAAUGAUGUUCCGUUAUUGAUGGCAGUUGCGUCGAUUCAUACACCAGAAGUUACACAAAAAUAUGGUUUAAGAUUUCAAUAAAAUUUAUUUAAUAAAACAUUA